AUGGCCAAGACGGUUGUCAUCCUCGGUGGGGCUUUCGCGGGCUUACACGUUGCCCAUGCGCUGCUCAAGAAGCGCGACGCCGGCCUAAAAGUCAUUCUGGUCUCAAAGAAUAGCCACUUCUACUGGAACAUUGCCUCGGUUCGCGCCAUCGUCCCGGGCAUCUACAAGGAUGAGGAAAUCUUCAAGCCCAUCUCCGAGGCAUUGAGCCGGUACCCCGAGACCAGCUACGAGCUGGUGGUGGGUACGGCCGAGGCCGCUGACUUCGAGGCCAAGACGGUGAGCGUCACUACGGCGUCGUCUUCCGAGCCCCGCUCCAUCUCGUACGACCAGCUUCUACUGGCCACGGGAUCGCGGACUGCAGUCACCGGCGUGCCCUGGAAGGCCGCCGGCAGCUACGAAGAGGCCGUGGCAUUGCUACACGCGACGGCCGAGAAGGCUGAAGCGGCCUCGCAUAUUGUGGUUGCCGGCGCUGGCUCAACUGGCGUCGAGGUGGCUGGCGAGCUGGGCUUCGCCUGGGGCAAGACUAAGGAGAUUGUGCUGCUGUGCGCCGAAGACAAGCUGCUGGGCGGUGACAUAGUGUCCAGCGCGGCCGCCAACGAGCUCAAGAAACUCAACGUCCGCGUCGAGUACGGCACGCGCGUCGAGGACACCAAACCGUCCGAGUCCGACGCCAAGAAGACCGACAUCACCGUGUCUAGCACGGAAGCCAAGACCAUCACGACGGACUUGUACUUGCCAACGUUUGGCCUCGUGCCCAACUCCGAGUUCAUCGACGCUAAGUACCUCGAGGACGGUGCCCGCAAGGGUCUUGUGGCUGUCGACGAGUUCCUGCGCGUCAAGGACACCACCAACGUGUGGGCCGCGGGCGACCUCGUCUCCAACCCCCGCGCCGGCUUCAUGAUCACGCAGAAGCAGGCCGCCGCCGUUGCCAAGAACAUUGAGCUCGCUCUCGCGGGCAAGCCGCCCCUCGCGGCGAAGGGCAUGCCCGUCGACAUCCUGGCCGUCUCGACCGGCCGCAGCCGAGGCGCCGGCCGCAUGGGCUCCUUCCGCAUGCCCUCGUUUGGUGUGUGGCUGGCAAAGGGCCGCCAACUCGGCCUCAACAUGUUCCCGAGCUACUUGGACGGGAGCGUUGCGUAG